CCGCCACCACCACGGCAACGAUCAUACUACCCAGGUCCAAUGUCCGGUCCUCCUCCAGCCUCUGCCGGCCCCUAUCCUACCGCGACAGUGUACAACUACGUGAAUCCCGUCACUGGGGAGCAUGUUGCAUCGCUAUUGCCUCCAGACCACCCGCAGAUGAUCUGCUUGCAGCAGGGCGGGCACGUCGUGCGCACGCAGUUCGGCUUACUUGGUAUCCUCGCGGCAAUCUUCUGGUUCCCUUUCGGUAUUGCCUGCUGCCUAUUGGAUCGGAAGGUCACUUGCGCCCGCUGCGGCGCGGUCCUUGAGGAGGGGCCGUGCGGCUAAGUCAGCCUUCACGAAGCUUCCACUUUACCUCAACAAAGGAGAAGGUGGUGAUUAUAUUUACAUCUUUCUUGCUUUCAUUUUUUUCCCUCGUCUCCACAAUAUCCUUUUUGUACACUGUAGAGCGGCGCGGACAUUAGCUUUUAUCUGGAGUUUUAUUUUGGUGAU